UAUUUACAAACAACAAUGGCGAGUGGUCGUACAAAGACGCAGGACUUCUUUGUCUGGACAGACGACGAAGUUGGGUUGUUGCUGGAUGUGGCCCUGAACUACAAAACAACCAAAUGGCAGGAGAAUGUUGACUGGGAAUCUUGCCAGUCGAAGUACGCCGACAUUUUGGGGGACUUUGUGCAGCAAUACCCGGCGAGCACCACUGCAGGAGGGAAGGACUUCCCUCAUCAUAAAUACGGCAUAACAAAAAGUCAGGUAACUUCGAAAUUAAAGGCCAUUCGGGCGAAGUACCGUAAGGCCGUGGACACCGGACGGCGAAGUGGCCACGGACGUGUUGUCUACAUAUUUUUUGACAAAUGUGAACAAAUUUGGGGUGGGUCGCCUGCUACAAACGCCUUGGAGGCUGGUAUCGAGUCUGAGGACAUGCUGUCCAGCUCCGAGGGCCCCUCCACCUCCAGCAGAUGUUCGACUCCAGCUGCACAAAUGCCUCCGGUGUUGGAUCCGGUGCCGAGUCCUGACGAUGAGAACGUGAGCUUCCAGCUCCCACCAGAGGUUGUUGGUCGACGCGACAUGCUCCAAACAAGGCUUCUUAACAACAGAAGGAAUCGGCUGAAGCACAAGCUUCAUGGAGACCCAGCUGUGCAGGAGGAUCUCAUCCUGAAGAAGCGAAUGGUGGACCUGCUGGAGGAGUCAGAGAGGAGGACCAGCGAAAGGCUGGACAGGAUCACAGACAAUAUAGCCACCAUCACAAAGACAAUUACUGAUGUGCUGCAUCAUAUGAUGAUGCAGCCAAACCCCUUUCCCUUUGCUGGCAGCAGUUUUAUGAGGAGAAAAGCAGAUCUCCAGCUCCUGCCUACGGAUAAAGAAAAUGUUGAAACUAUAAAGAAAGAGGAGAGCUCCAGUCCACACCAGGAGGAUGUAAAGCCCCCCCACAUUAUAAAGGAAGAGGAGAGCUCCAGUCCACACCAGGAGGAUGUAAAGCCCCCCCACAUUAUAAAGGAAGAGGAGAUGGAGUUAACCAUCCCACAGCUCGAUCCAGAAUUAGAUUUACCCCCCCUCACUGAUAUUAAGACUGAAGAUUCUUCUGACACAGAUGACAGUGAAGAAUGGAAAUAAAGCCGGCCCAAUGAAAAGUUCAUGUGAACACAGAAGCAGAUGGAGCAGAAGGAUCAGAACCACGAUGAGUCAUUCACAGAGGAUACGUGAAAGGAAUGUCAAAGGACUCGAACCAUUAGCCCU